ACCUCUAGUUUUUACACGUCGUUGAUUUGGUCUGGUCUGGAAAAUAUGGUCGUCCAAGAGGAGAAUCCCAAUUCUGGGAAAAAUGUGGAGAAAACUGAAGCUGGGACAGUUGUGGCAGAGCCAGUCAAGAUAUUUAAGGUUGAGAUACUGCACAUGAUCAAGGAUGCACAGCAGCAGCAUGGUCUCCGUCACGGCGACUUCCAGCGGUAUCGUGGCUACUGCACCCGUCGUAUUCGUCGGCUCCGCAAGGCAUUGAAAUACCCGCAGGGCGACAAGCGACACUUCAAGCGACGCGAUGUAACCCUUAGCCAGUUGACAGGCAAGAAGGCGGAUGAACGCUACAUUCAUAUCCCACUGAUCAGUGCCGAGCGGGCCUGGGCCUAUGCCAUGCAGCUGAAACAGGAGUCGAACACGGAGCCGCGCAAGCGUUUCCAUUUGAUCAGCAAACUGAGGAGGGCGUGCUUCUAUGCGCUGCAAUUGCAGGAGUUGUGCAAUACGGAUGCCUUUGAUGCCCGCACCAAGCUGGAGUGUGAGGCUUAUGUGGCCUGGAUGCACGGCAGCCUGCACUUCGAGUUGCAGCUAUGGAAGUCAGCCGGUGAGCAUUUAAAGCGUGCACAGGUCGUGUACGAGAACCUUGCCGCGGCCUUGCCCGACGAUGAGCAGGAACUGUAUCGGGCCAAGGUAAACGAGUUUACACCGAAUCUGCGCUAUUGCGCUUACAACAUCAGCGGAGGAGCCAGUGGCGGCGAUCUCGAUGAGAUUCUGGAGCUACGCGCCCAAGGCGUCCUCGAGAACUUGGAUGUGCUGGUCAGCCAGACGAAAACCGAGAGCAGCGAGGGACUGCAGACGAUUGAUUGGCGUGGCCGCAAGGUCACUGUGCGUCCGGAGAAGGUACGACUAUUCUUGCUGAGUGCCCAGGAGCUGGACAAGUCGCUGGCCAAGGCAACCAAGCUGGAUGCCAAGAUAGAGCUGAUUGAGCGCAUCCUGAUGGACUGCAAGGACGCCAUACAGGCGGUGCGCGAUGAGAUUAAGCAGGACCCCAAGCUGCGUUCAUUGACAACCGGGCAGACAGUCUCUGGCGUGCAGUAUUUACUGGCCUACUUGAGUUACAUUCGCCAUAGCCGGACACUGCAACGUAAUCUGUGCCUUGUGGAGCAGGCCAAGCUCAAUUUUGUCGAUCCCAACCAGCAGUCGGAAAUUGUUGGCGAUGGCAAACGCGUACGAUCACAGGAUCUUGCCCGCCUCUACGAAAUCAUCUUGCAGAAUGUCACCGAGAUGCAGCAAAUCAACGGCAUGGAGGAGGAUGCCAAGUAUCAAAGUGAGGUGGAGAAUCUGGCCAUCACCUUCAAGGCCUUCCGCUGCUACUACAUUGCUCUGACGCUGAUCGAUAUGAAGAAGUGGAAGGAGGCAGUGGCGCUGUACGAGCGCGCCUCCAACUACGCCAACGAGGCGCUGAAGGGCAAAGCCAGCCCGGAGUUCCAGCAGCAGUCGGAGCUUAAGACGCUCGUGUCCAUUAUCGAUGGCUGCAAGUUCUCUGCCCACGCAUACAGUGUGCUGGAGGACGACAACAGCGAGGCCGGCACCACCACAAAGGCGCAGAAAACAACGAAACCGCUCUACGAGCGUCUGUCACAAUACAAGGAAGACCAAUCGCUCCACACCAAGACACCAAAUGUGUUCAAGCUCACCCCCGAGAUGGAGCCGAUACCGUGCAAGCCGCUCUUCUUCGAUCUGGCCAUGAACUACGUGGAGUUGCCCUCUCUGGAGGACAAGCUGGAGCCAGAGGGCAAGAAGAGCGCCUCCAUUACUGGCUUCGUCAAGGGAUUCCUGGGCUGGGGCGGCGGCGGCAACAAGUGAGAUUGCAUCCAAUGGCCCACUCUUCUGGAAUUCCACUCAUCAAUGUUGCACUUAUAAAGAGUUCAGACCCAUGUCCCAGCGCAGAUGUGUCCGCUGUUCUUUAUGAGUUCUUUGUUUUGGCUUUUACCCACGCCCGGCUUUUGUAUAAACAAAAUAUUGAUUUUCUACGAAACAUUUUUAAGUUAAAAAGUGAACAAUUAUUUGGUAAUAAAGGAACCUACAACAGAUUA